AUGAGGAAAAGAAAAAUAAAGGAGAAAUACAUACGGGCCUUGUUCACCGCCCUGGAGGAGCAAGAAGCACAACAGCUUCUCCAAAACUGCCAUCACCAUUUCAACUCAUUCGCCACGCACGAUGUGUACCUCUUAAAUGAGAAGUAUUACCGACUGAGGAGCGAAGAUGGCGCUUCCAUGCGGAAGACGUUGCUGCGGUGUUUGCAUAAACACAACUUUUAUGUGCCCAAGAAGAUAAGAAGGAUCAUCUUCAAAAAAUUCCUGCUUCAAAAUGAGGCCACAGAUGUCCACAACUUCAACUACGACGUGUAUCUGUUACUGUCUUAUUUGAAGAACCCCAACGUGAACGAGGCGACACAGAAAAUUAUCGACUUGGACGUAUUCCGGACACGCAUAAAUAAAGAGAAGGAAAAGACCAUUUACUUCUUUAACCUUUUUUUAAAUUACGCCUGCAACCAUUUUCAAUUCAAGUACAAACAGGGGCUAAACGAGGUUUUAGCCCUUUUCUUUUACCUGAAGGGCAAAUACUUCAACCUGGUUGAUGUCUACUUCUGCUUCCAGAGCUUCGUCGAUCGGUUCUUGAAGGAGUUUUACUAUGACGACGAGUUUUUCUUUUUGCAAAUAUCCUUUUACUUGUUUAAAGUUUUGAUCAAGUACCACGACCCCGUGUUGUCCGAGGUGCUCGAGACGAACAAGAUGUCCCCCGAGAUUUACGCCGCCUCUUGGUUUUUAACCCUCUUCGCGUCCAAAAGCAACUUGGAAAUUUCCAACGCCAUUUAUCUGAUCUUCGUGCUGGAGCGCAAUCCGUUCUUUUAUUUCUUCUUUUCCUUGGCGCUUCUGAUUUUGCACAGAAACAUAUUUUUAUGCGUCGAUAGUUCAAAUUUACCCGAAUUGUUAAGCAAAAUAAACAUUUUCAACAAGAAGUUUUUGAGGAAGGUGUGGUCGUUAGGGAAGUUCCUUGAAGCCAACACGCCCGUGUCUUUUGUGCACAAAUUAUUUUUCAUCAAAAAUGUGAUCAUGUAUUUGACAAGCGAACACUCCGCCAACAGUCAUCACAAUAAGGACAUCCUCCUUGAUUUUUUCAACUCCAUCGAUUACAUGUCUGUGAAUCCUUACGAAAUAAUAAAAAACAUAUCUCUAGGGAGGAACAACUAUAUCUUUCUGGAUAUUCGGUCGAGGAGGCACUUCCGAACGUUUCACUUGAAGAAUUCGAUAAACGUAGAAUUGGUAGAAGGUUACGCGGAUAUCUUGCGGGGGAAAAUCGACUCGCAGGACAGGCGAAAGAAACGGAAGAGGGAGCAUAACAAGGAGUGGAAGGAGGAUCCGAAGCAGGAGCGAACGAAGCAACGCGGACAACUGUCUCAAUCCAUUUCUCACAUUUUAAGACGAUUUGGAAACAGAGAGGUCGCCCGAAACGCCCGACUUCUCUUUUCGCAUCUGCUGAGGAAAAAAUACAACCUAAAAAGUAGCCUAAGUUAUGACGACAAUGUUUUGUUAACGAGGGUGGUAUCCGUUCGUGUGGAGAGGGGGAGCCAAUUGGAUUUCUCGCUGCUAGGGAGGGGAAUGAAGAGGAGCAGUAGCAGCAGGAGGAGGAGGAAGAAGAGGAAGAAGAAGAAGAGGACGAGGGGGGCGACCCAACUGGGGAGGGUAAAACCCACACAGCAGGAAGUAUUCCCAAACUUACACCUCCUCAGGGGGGAGAGAAACGCGGAAGUCGAUUUGAAUGCCUUCACUCGUAACAUCUACGCGAGGAGGAGACCCUCCAGGGGGGCAGCGAAAAGGGGGGAAAUUAAAUCCAAGACGUCUGAACAUGUUAAUAUGAAAUAUGUAGAGGAGAGGAAAGUGAAGGGUGAGAAGAGGUACCACUCCGACGACGACGUGGUGUCCAAGCCUUUCGACUUGGCGUGCCACCACAUGAAGAGGGUUUUCCUUGCCAGGGUGGAGGGAGAGCUCUGCAGCAGGGGGAGCCAGGUUAGCGUCCAGAUUAGCGGCCAGGAUAGAGGCCAGGUUAGCGGCCAGGGUAGCGGCCAGGUUACCCGCCAAGCUGAAUCGAAGUGCAUGCCCAGUGGUGGCCCCCCCGCGCCGGGGACCGAACCCACGUGUGCCGCCACCCAGGCGCAAAGCCUAAACACGAGCUCCUUCAACUUAUACACGUUAAUAAAGGAAAAGGUCCUGUGCAAUGAACACUGUCUUCGCUUUCGCUUCGAGGAUGUUUUAACCCCUGAGAAGGAGAUCGUCAUUCUCUACGAUGACAACUUCGAUAACGCCAAAUAUGUCCGUGGGUUCUACUAUGAACUGUUAUUUAAUACUAAGCUCAGGAAAGUGUCCAUCAUCGAAGGAGGGAUUAACUCCUAUCACAUUCUGAUGCGAUUGGAUUUGUCUAAUGGGAAGAACACUUCACUUGGUCCAUCUUUCGCUACCACUGCUGGAGAUACCAAUCAGGAGAGAACUGCUCAUGGAGAGGAAGAGGAAGCCCCCCACUUGUACAGACAACAAUGUCUUCUUGGUAGUAACAAAAAAACGAUAAAGCAUUUUUUUCAUCCUAAUCACAGCUGCUAUCUAUGUGACUACAGGCAGUUUAGAAAAACGAAAAAAAAAUUUUUAGAUGAUUGCUUUUUUGAGAGUUACAGUAACUUUAGCAUUUUUGAAAUGUUCUUCUCCUUCCUGAGGGACGAGCGGGACGAUGUUUCUUUUUCUUCUUUCUACGAGCACAUCGUUUGGAUGAAGGGGAAGGAGCGGCAGGGGGCACAUAACAACAAGAAGGACAACGUGGAAGGAUCGUCAUUUACCUUUUCUGGGUUAUUAAACUAUAUUAAGAGGAAGAAGGGUCCUGUUAGCGAUCCUCCUAGUGUCUUUGGCAAUCGUCAGAGCUUCUCUCCUGCCGAUGCUGCAGGGGGGGUCACAUACCCACGGAAUCUACAGAGGGAGGCCCACGUUAGUGCAUUCGUGUCGGAGAAGAAGAUCAGCCAGUCAACCAAUGGAGACAUGCACAUCUGUAAUAACGCAAAGGUGAAGAAACAUUACUUCAGUUUGAAUCACUACAUCGAUUAUUGUAGUAGGAAGAAGAGCGAUCUGUUGCAUGUAGCAUCGUCUGUGCAGCUUCAGGGUGGGGGUGAAGCGGCAGAGGGGGAAGACGCGGUAGAAGGGGAAGAAGCGGUGGUAGAGGCACACACAGCAGAAGGGGAUGACGCGGUAGAAGGGGAUGACGCGGUAGAAGGGGAAGACGCGGCAGAGGGGGAGGACGCGGAAGGAGAGGAAGACGCGGUGGUAGAGGCACACACAGCAGAAGGGGAACACACAGGGGUAGACGCCGCGUCUGCCGCUGCGCGGGUACACUCCUUCGCUGACUUCGCGUCCGAACCCCCGUACGACCCACCCAAAAGAGGCCACUCAAUCGGUGGCGACCACGUGCCGGAGGGAAUUAAAAGGAGCUGUUCCUCCAGCUCGGAUGUCUACAGUUUAUACUCCUACAUUGAUAUUGUGUGUUACCGGAGUUUGCUUCUAAAGGGGGGGACCACAAAAGGGGGCGCUCUCCCCCGACGCAAACUCUACACCUGCUUCAUUACGUACAUAUACCAGCCCCUCAUUUCUCACAACAUCAGAUCGAACAAUAUCAUUACUAACUUAGUGCACUACGUAAAAUAUUUCAAGUCCAUUAAACGGGGCAGCACCGCCAUUAACGAUCCGAACCUCUACCUGCAGUGUAACAAGUUGGAUUCUAAAUUAUCCCUCGGGUUUGACUCCAAUCGGUCCUUCAAUGUAGGCUCUACCUUCCCCUUCAAAUUGAACUGCAACCUACCCUUCCAGAUGUCCUACUUCCCCUUUAGGAACAUAAGAGGCAUGCAGUUCCAGCCGAGUGCCCGUGCGAAGAAGCUUCCCGGGGGGUGCGGCGCAGACCUCUGCUACGUUGCGGCGCCAGGAGGGGCAGCAGCCAACAGGGAGAGCACCUCCGACAAACACUACGCGGAUGACCGGCUGAACGAUGAGCAGGUGGACGACCGGCUAAACGACUUGAUCCUGAGCAACACGUGCCUAAAGAACAAGCCCGAGCUGGGCCUCUGCAAACUGAUGAUUUAUGACCACCUGCUUAUACUGUACGGCAUGCCCUACAUGUAUGAGGUGAGUCUGCCGGGGGGGCGCGGAGGUGCGCAGGCCCCCGAGGAGGGUGAUGAAGCGGCCAUUGAGCGGUGUGACGAAGCCGCAGCUGAGAAGUAUAACCAAUCGGGUGGCGAGGGGCAGAUCGGGGAAGCCCCCCCACACCUGGCAGAUAUCGGCACGAAGAACUUCAUCCGAGAAAAGGAGGAAUACUCCACGGGGGGCAUGGACCACGACAAAUGCUACCUGUCGUGCGAACCAGGAGAAGAGGCAUUGCAGAAGGUGCUUAUCCACAAGUACAAAGAUUUAAAGAAAAAAGACGUCCUCUUUAAUAUGGAUUCUUACAAAAUAAGUGGUAUCGACAUAAACUGGGGUAACGUAUCGCCCCACGUACUUCGAGGCAUCACCAGGGAACACAUCACAGACACGUACAAUUACUACAAGUCCUAUUUUAGUGUGUCUAAUAGUAAUUUGUCUGCGUCGACUGAGCAGUGGUCUCCCUCUGUUAGUAGCUCCCUCUCGACUGACAGCUCGUCCUACUCCUCGUGCGUUUCCGAUGAGCCCAAUUUUUCCUUUUCCGACUACCAUAGUUUGUACACGAAGGAUGCCAAAAUGGUGAGGAACGAUCAGAAAAGGAGGGGGAGGGGGAAGAGGAGGAUGAUGGGUGGGGAAGCCUCUCUUCCAUGUGAUCACAGGAAGGCCAAAAUAGACGUCGUUAACAUUUAUGCCGUGUUUGAUAUUCACACGCUGUGUAAAAUAACGACCAAGCGUGGUUCCGGGAGGACGCUUUAUUUUUACUUUGUUACGAACAGGAGCACCCCGCUGAUGGUCCUCAACUUCGACAGCGACAUGGAGGUGCAAUCCUGCGUGCGCUCCAUCCGGGAGGUCUACUCGCGUUACGUCAACGGGGGAAGAGGCACAUCGGGGGAGGCGACGAACAAUGCGGAGAAGAACGCAGCGAAGAGUUCAGCGAAGAGUUCAGCGAAGAGUUCAGCGAAGAGUUCAGCGAAGAAUGCCCCUGGAGGGGAGUGA